UCCUUGGCGGGCGGAGACAGUGGCUCUUGUUUUGGCGGCUGCUGUUGUCUCUGGAGGUCCGUUUCCCACCGUAUAGAAAUUCGGCCUCUGGGUCUCGUCAGGAAACUGGAGGAAGGUCGUAAGCAUGAAGCGCAGCUCAGUGUCCACCGGUGGUGCUGGCCGCCUCUCUAUGCAGGAGUUAAGAUCCCUGGACAUGAAUAAACCGGGCCUUUAUACCCCUCAAAUGAAAGAGAAACCAAGUUUCAGCAAGUUGAGUAUAAGCAAAUCUACAUCUGAAAGAAAAGUCUCUGUAUUCGGUAAAAGAACCAGCGGACAUGGAUCCCGGAAUAGUCAACUUGGUAUAUUUUCCAGUUCUGAAAAAAUCAAGGACCCGCGACCACUUAAUGACAAAGCGUUCAUUCAGCAGUGUAUUCGACAACUCUGCGAGUUUCUUACAGAAAAUGGUUAUGCAUACAGUGUAUCCAUGAAAUCUCUCCAAGCUCCAUCUGUGAAAGACUUCCUAAAGAUCUUCACUUUUCUUUAUGGUUUCCUGUGCCCUUCCUAUGAGCUUCCCGACACAAAAUUUGAAGAAGAGGUGCCAAGAAUUUUUAAAGACCUUGGAUACCCUUUUGCUCUGUCCAAAAGCUCCAUGUACACGGUGGGAGCCCCCCACACCUGGCCGCACAUCGUGGCAGCCUUGGUUUGGCUAAUAGACUGCAUCAAGAUACAUAAUGCCAUGAAAGAAAGCUCACCUUUAUUUGAUGAUGGACAACCUUGGGUAGAAGAAACUGAAGAUGGAAUUAUGCAUAAUAAGCUGUUUUUGGACUAUACCAUUAAAUGCUACGAGAGCUUCAUGACUGGCGCUGACACCUUUGAAGAGAUGAAUGCAGAGUUGCAGUCCAAGCUGAAGGAUUUAUAUAAUGUCGAUGCUGCCAAGCUGGAAUCAUUAGCCGCAAAAAACAAAGCACUGAAUGAGCAGAUCGCAAGACUGGAGCAGGAAAGAGAAAAAGAACCGAAUCGUCUAGAGUCUUUGAGGAAACUGAAAACCUCCCUACAAGCAGAUGUUCAAAAGUAUCAAUCAUACAUGAGCAAUUUGGAGUCUCAUUCAGCUAUUCUUGACCAGAAACUGAGUGGUCUUGAUGAAGAAAUUUCUAGAGUAGAAAUAGAGUGUGAAACCGUGAAACAGGAGAAUGCCCGGCUGCAGAACAUUGUUGAUAACCAGAAGUACUCGGUCGCUGACAUUGAGAGAAUAAACCAUGAAAAAAAUGACUUGCAACAAACCAUCAAUAAAUUAACCAAGGACCUGGAGACUGAACAGCAGCAGUUGUGGAAUGAGGAGCUGAAGUACGCACGCGCCAAAGAGGCGAUUGAAACACAAUUAGCAGAAUAUCACAAAAUGGCUAGAAAGUUGAAACUAAUCCCAAAAGGUGCAGAGAAUUCCAAAGGUUACGACUUUGAAAUUAAGUUUAAUCCUGAAGCUGGUGCCAACUGCCUUGUCAAAUACAGGGCACAAGUUUAUGUACCUCUCAAGGAACUCCUGAACGAAAAUGAAGAAGAAAUUAAUAAAGCUCUAAAUAAAAAAAUGGGUUUGGAGGAUACGUUAGAACAAUUGAAUACAAUGAUAACAGAAAGCAAGAGAAGUGUGAGAACUCUGAAGGAAGAAGUUCAAAAGCUGGAUGAUCUUUACCAACAAAAAGUUAAGGAAGCUGAGGAGGAGGACGAGAAGUGCGCCAGCGAGCUGGAGUCCUUGGAGAAGCACAAGCACCUGCUGGAGAGCGCCGUGAACGAGGGCCUCAGCGAGGCGAUGGCCGCGCUGGACGCCGUGCAGCGGGAGUACCAGCUAGUUGUGCAGACCACAACUGAAGAAAGAAGGAAAGUGGGGAGUAACCUGCAGCGUCUGCUAGAGAUGGUGGCCAUGCACGUGGGGUCCGUGGAGAAACAUCUUGAGGAGCAGAUUCCUAAAGUUGAUAGAGAGUACGAAGAAUGCAUGUCUGAAGAUCUCUUGGAAAAUAUUAGAGAGAUUACAGAAAAAUAUAAGAAGAACGCUGCUCUCAUUAAGCCUUCCGAUGAGUGAAGAUAAAAUGUUGAUUAUCUUGUACAUUUUAUAAAUCUAGUUGAUAUGUAUAACUUGAAAUUAUGAUGACUUGUGGAUUAUUUUUAGCUGUGGAAGAGCAGUUUUAUAUGUACCUGUAGUUAAUAAAAUUGUAUCAGUAAAGCA